AUGGAGGUGCAGAAGGAGGCCAAGAAGACAAGAUAUGCAACAUCCGAGUAUAAAAUUAUGGAAUGUCCUGAAAUACAGUCAUACAUAGAGACACAUCUAGAUCAGAUGGACAACACGCAGGAAACCUUGAAUGAUGAUGGUCAUUCUAACGCGGAAAGUAUACAGAUAAGCCCGAAUCGUAAAGCUGAUUCUAUCGCACAAAAUCAACAGAAUGACGGUAACACUGAAUACCCAAAAUGGAAGGUCUGUCUUAUUUCUGUUCUUGCUGUCUCGUUGUUUUUGUACCAAACAAAUCUUGUAUUUCUAAUACCAGCCGCUUUGAAAUGUUUACCAACUUCAGAAAGAGCAGCUUAUUUCUUUCUGACUUCACCAACUUAUAGUACGCACGAUAUCUCACAAUAA